AAAACGCUUCAAGUGACUGUGAGUCAGUUUCAGCAAAUAACAAAAAUGAGUAAAUGUCCAAGUUUACCAGAUAUCGUUAAAUAUUACAAAACGGCAGAGACGUCCGUCCCAAAAAGGACGUAUAGGUAUACACAUCCCAGCUCAAAGAUGACACUUGUUCAGAGACAAUUUUAUGAACGAAAUGGAUUUAUAAUAGUAAGAAAAAACGUUAGCCUUGAAUUAAUAGAGAUUUUGAAUCAGAGAUUUAUUGACAUUUGUGAAGAUCGUGCCGAUGAUAUGCAAUGUUUUGUAAUCAAGGACCCAAUACUAAGGAAAAGAGGUUUAAAGGGAGAGAUGGUCAUGAACAAGCUUCAAGAUUUUGUCAUGGAUCCAGUUUUGAGUCGUUACUGUCUGGAAAAGAGCGUAGUAGAUGUUGUGGAAAGUAUAAUUGGACCAAAUAUAACAGUUGCGCAUUCUAUGUUGAUCAACAAACCUCCAGAUACAGACCCAGAUAUAUCAAGACAUCCUAUGCAUCAGGAUCUUCAUUACUUUCCCUUUCGACCAGCUGAUAAAAUCGUUGCUUCCUGGACAGCGAUGCAGAGAGUAGACGAAAAUAAUGGAUGCCUGUACGUUGUACCGGGAUCUCACAUCAAUAAUCCUUUGUUACCACAUGGAUAUCCUGAGGGUACAAAUAAUGUUAUGUACCACGGAGUGCAAGAUAAAGACCAUCUACCUAAACAGUUAGUAAUAUUAGAUAAAGGUGAUACUGUAUUCUUCCAUCCUUUACUGUUACACGGGUCUGGAGUAAAUCGCUCUCAAGGUUUUAGACGAGCUAUAUCAUGCCAUUUUGCAGAUACAAAUUGCGAUUUUGUUGACGUCACAGGAACAGUUCAGGACAAUAUUAGAAAAGAAGUUGAAAACAUAACUAUGAAACGUGGAAUGCCAAUGUCUUUCAUAGAUGUAUGGAAAAGUAAAAGUAGGUUAGUCAGGGGGCCACCAGGAAAUUUCCAAAGAUUCGACUGUCAUCUUUAGAUAACGUGCCUAAAAGAAGUUACUAUUUUUGUAUCGGAAUAAUAUUUUUUCAGAUAAUCAAAUAAUUAUGGAUCAUUAAUAAUUAACUGUUUUAGAUGCUGUAGCCAUAAUGUGUUAAAAAAGGUGUUUGAAAGUAUAAACAAGACAAAAGAAAUUGCAGGGUUGACUCUGAAUCUAGUCUUUAGUCAUUAGAGUACUUGUCAUUUUAUUACUCUGGCAUAAUUAUAAAAAUGUUGAUAUUAUUAUUAUUAUAAAACAAAUAAGGGCAGACGAUCGAGCUCCUAUUAUGCCUAAAACCAAAGAAAAAAUAAUAAAACUAAUAAAAAUUAUAAAGUCACAAUUAAAAAUUAAACAAUAUUGUGAAACAAUAAAUAAUGCGGUCCUAAAUAAUGCAGAAUUUUAAAUAAAAUAUAUAAAGAUCAGAUUUAUUUUUAAACCAUAGACCUUGCUGUCAUCUGUUCCCUCUUUAAUUUGAAAUGGUAACCUCUUAAUAUUUCUCUUGGUUUAAAGUAAAUAUGGUCUUUAGUUUUCUGUUUAGUCCUCUGUUUUUUUUUCCUUUUUAUAUUGUAAAAAGUUUGUGCUCUUAGCUUAUGUAAGUUGUCCACAGUUUCCAUUUUUUUUUUCAUUUCUGAUAAUAAUUUACCUUACUGUUCUGUUUCACGUGAUGAUAUUAAUUGAAUUCUAAAGAUUCAAUUUUUUACUUUUGCUGCAUCACAUGUGCUACAUGUAUCAGAUCCAAAGGGUAUUCAAAACCAAUAUUAAAAUCUUUCAGAAAAAUAUUUCUGUAACUUUCAUAGCUCACUGUACAAACUGAAAUUCUCAUGUUCAAACAUUUUAUACAUUUUUGUAAUGUUUAGUGUUUCUGGAAGAUAUACUCUUCUCCAUUUUUUAAACUGUAAUGGGAGUUAAAUAUAAAUCAAUUUAAUGGGAAUAAAUCUCGAGAUAUGACUGUGUAUUUUGCUCAAAAUUUCUUCUGUAACCUUGUGAAGAUGGUUUUUGUGCUUUAACCUUUUAUCAUGACAUACACCUCCUUUAUCUUUGAGAUAUUUUUGAGGGUUAUCAGUCUUCGAUUUUUAAUUCCAUGUAAAUUAAUAAAAUCUGUUUGACAUACUUGCAUAAAUAAUAAUAUACCUCCAAGUUUUUAGAUUUUUCUGAUACUAUAUAUUGAAAAUGUCUAUUUUUCAACAAGUUUCGUUUUCUGAUCUGUACUUUUUGCAAAUUUGCUUGUGAAUGCUGAGAUUAUUCAGCAGUUCUUACAACUGUUUUUAGACUGGCUCUAUCUUUUUCUAUUCUGGUUUGCUCGUUCUAUACUCAUAAGGUGAGUAUAGAAAACCAAAAAAGAUUUAUCUCUGCAAAUACCAAGAUAGCGAGAUGAUGUAGUUUGUUACAAGAAUGUAUGUAUUUGUUUUCUGUCGAUUGUCUAAUACAAUCGAAACAUUUGUCAACAUCACAUCUUAAAUGCUGCUGUUUAAAUAUUUUAAAGGUUCGGAAUGUUGUUUUAAUUCGGAAGAGGAGCUGAAUAAAAAAAAAUAAAAAAUAAAAAGUUCCCUCAAUAUAUGCGAACGAAAGUAUUCAACCAGUGCAUUUUACCAGUUAUCACAUAUGGCUCACAAACAUGGACUUUCACAAAGGAGAAUAUCGACAGGAUAUCCAAAACACAAAGAGCAAUGGAAAGACAGAUGCUGGCUUAAAGACAGGAACAGAAACUAAUGGAUUAGAGAAAAAACAAAGGUGAACGAUGUAUUAAGACAGAUUGCAAAACUUAAAUGGAACUUCGCCGGUCACACUCUCCGGCAAAAAGAUGAAAGAUGGAAUAAGCGAAUUCUACACUGGAGACCAUGGGAAAGAAAACAAAAAGAGGAAGACCACAGACAAGAUGGACAGACGAUCUUAAGAGAACGGCAGGAAAGGACUGGAUGCAGAUCGCCCAAAAUAGAGACCAAUAGAUAUUAACGGGGAGGCCUAUACCCAAGAGUGGGCGUUUAAGGCUGAUUAAAUAGAUAUAUAGAGCUGAAUAAGAGGAAAAAACGAAUGUAUUUAAAUUGAUCUUAGUAUUUUUUGUUGUAUUCCUGUAUAUUUUACUCGGUUAGUCAUACCAUGUGUUACUCAUCUUAAUAAAAGUUUGCAAACCCCGAUUUUUUAAAUAUAUCUACUCGAUAUUGUGUUCUUCUAAUACUAAACACUGACAAAUGUCGAUUUUUACUAUAUUUUAAGAGAAAAUAUUGUAAAAAGUUAGUAGUACCCAACAAAAAAGAAGCUAUUUUUUGUUGUACUGUGAGUACUAGUCAGAAAAAUACUGUUAACAUAGACUAGUACGAGGACACUAUUAUAAUUGUUACUUUUUCUUUAAUUUUAUCUAAGUUUAUCUUCCGCUUUUAAGAACAUGCGAAAUAUGAUUUAGUUAAUAUAUAUUUCAGUUUACCACAUUCGAUUAAACCACUUCCGAAUACAUAAAUAUCAACUUUAGUUAAGACUUUAAGCUAAGAAAAAAAUUUUAUAUUUAAGGGGUUUUUAUUUUUAUAAAUUUUACGAAUUGUUAUUCAUAUUUUGAUGAUUAUAUUGUUAAUAAAAAUAUUUUAUACCAAUUAAAUUCUUGGUUAUUAAACAAUUAUUUUUAACUAA